AUGGAACAAUGUGACAAACUUAGUCCAUCAGUUGCGUCAGUCAUGAUUCCUCAUGGAUUAACUUGGUUCAGACCAUGCUCAACUUCUACUUCGCCAUGGACUGACGAUGCAGGUUGUGACAUAGCAUUUAUAAGUUACGAAUUUGUCAACAUUUAUAAACUACGUUAUGUGAAAUCGGGUGAAACUUCUGGUUAUUACUUUUCUUUCGUCUCGCGUUUCAAAGCACAUGAACAAAAUGUGCAUUCUGUUUGUUUUCCUUCUAAGCUUUCUGAUGGCCCUCUUGAUAAGUUUCUAAUCACUUGUGGCAACGAUCGGUCCAUACGAAUCUGGUCAAAUAAACAUUCAGACGCCUAUAAAUUAGAUCGUGAAAUUCAAUUAGGACAAGAUAUUGUCCCAAAUUCCUGCUCUGCGUGUGUAGUUUCAGGUUCUUUGUGUGUUUUGUCAGCAAGCCUCACUGGUCAUAUUAUUAUAUGGGAGCCUUUUAAUUCCCGUUCACCCUCAAAUCCUUUAAUUACGAAGUUCUCGAAGCUCACGGCCUCGUGUUGUGUUUGGGUGCCUUGUAGUAGUGAUGGACAAAAGCUGCUUGCUGUUGUGGGCUUUAACAGUGGUGAUAUUUGUGCCUAUACUUAUGAUCGCUCUUUACCAAUGAACAAAAAUUCUUGCUCCCAGACUUUCAAGAUUUCCGCUCAUAACUUUGAGGUUUGUAGUAUUGUUCCUGUCAAUGAUUCAGCGGACGAACAUCAAUGUUUUGUGAGCGCUGGCAGAGAUGCGGAAAUUCGGUUAUGGUCUCUGGACGACAUGCAGUGCAAAUACUCUCAUCGUUUCAAGGUGCACCAUAGGGACAACAAUAAUGCUCAGGUUUCAACGGGUAGUCAUGGAAAAGCUUGGAUCCCUAUAGCAUCAACUGGAAUUGAGUCGCCGCGUUUCCUAGCCUUUGACACUAAUGGAAAUCUUUAUAGCUUCAAUGCUAUUGAUAAGCCUCAGUCAUGUGAUUCUACAAUUUCUUCCCUUCGACAUACUGGUCUUGUUUUCUCUUUUAUCUCAAUUCCAGGCUCUCCCCAUUUGUUUAUCUCUUUUGGUAAAGAUUCCCAGAUUAUUGCUUGGAAGAGAACCUAUAAUGAUUGGCAAACUUUAACACCUGUGGCGUCUAUUCCCUGUGUUCCUGGAAGAGUAAACUGUUUAAGUCAAGCUCCCGGUCUCUAUAGUCCCCUGGCAGUUGGUCUUUCAGACGGUACUCUGCUUAUUUUUAGAAAUAUCUCACCUCCUGAACCAAAUUCUUUAAUUACUGUCAAUAGGCUCUUGCCUCUUCCACCUUCUACUGCCGCUAUUGGAAUUUCCGCUCUUGCUUGGCAUCCAGACCCUCUUUCUGCAAACCUCAUUGCCAUUGGAAGCUCUAAGGGUCAUAUCGAUAUUAUUGAUGUUCUGAAACACCAAAAUCGAGGGCGAAAUUUCAAUCACUUGGGAGGUUGUAUUUACCGAGUUACUUGGGGUCCAAAGCUCUUCGCAUCUUCGGAGGGGGAAGGCACAGUCGACAUGGGGGAUAAACUUUUAGUUUAUGCCGUUGCGAAUGGCUGUGUUUAUCUCUUGAUUUCAACCAAAACACCUCCGAUUAACAUCACUCCUAAAUUCACUUUUCUUUUGCAAAACUCAGAUGAUCACAAAUUGGCUGAGAUUGCCUUUAAACGAAUACCGGAGGAGGGAAUUACUUCUUAUUCCUGGCUUGUUGGUCUUGGGAGUAUGAACGGAGCUGUAAAUCUCUUUGGUUUAUCGCGUAUAUUCGGGUCGUUGGUUCCUCUCUCACGGAUUGACAUUCACAAAAAAUGCAUCAUUUCAAUGGUCUGGUCGUACCAUACCGACAAGUAUUGGCUAGCUGUGAGUUCAGCAGAGUCCUUUAUUACAAUUAUCGAUUCUACUGAUCAGGCAGUUAAUCCACCGCAAGAAAAUAUGGAGCCACAUCAGUUCACUAGCUGUAUGGCUACUCUUCAAGGUCACGGAUCACGCGUUUCAGCUCUUGAUUGGUCACCUGCUGAUCCUGAUUUGCUGCUAUCAGGUUCCUAUGACUGUACAGCGGCUGUUUGGCGAGUUGGCGUGGGCUCUUCUUCCGCUAUAGCCAAUUAUCGUGACCACCUGUCACGUAUACAUGCCUGUGCUUGGUCUCCUGAUAUUCCUGACUUCGUUCUAACUGGGGAGAACUUUGGCUAUCUUGCUGGUUGGCGACCAAGUGCUCAGAGUGUUAGUGCACUUCCCCUUUCUCGAAAGAAUAAGAACCCUUUGGCCAAGAUCCCUUCCUGUGCUAAUAGCGAACAAAUUAAAGCACCGGAUUCAGGGGUAGAGAAGGAGGAAGAGAAGAGUGAAACAAUUUGUAUUGAGACUCCUCAUCUUCCCCAAUGUCUCUCUAUUAAACGAACAGAACCGCAUACAAGCAGGAAGCCUUCCCUCUUACCUAGUUUGUUUGCUACUCUUGGUUUUUCAGACAUCUCUCUACCUGUUCUCGCUCUCUCACCCCCACUUCGGAUGCAAAGCAAAUUCGAAAUUAUAACAGAUUUUGUUGCAUACAUGAGGGAUCCCUUAUGCCUUGAUGACUCAAGGAUUCUGCCAGAGUUUGAUCUACUCUACAGUGGUUGUGCACGAAGGCGGCGUGAGUUAGUUCGUUUUACUGAAUCAGAGGCCCUGAAACAUCUUGAAGCUGCUUCUGGUCCUAAUAAAACGGCGCGUCUUGAUGCCUACUUUAGUCUCCUUUUGUGGCUAGGGAGAGGUCAAGUAGCUGCCAGAAAGGCUGCCGAAUUUCAAUACACUCCAUUUUGGCUUAUGUGGGCUCUUGAAAUGUUGCUUAAAGGUCCUGCUUCUCGUCCAAUUUUCUCAUCUCUCAUGGAAAGUGGGGAUGGUUCUGUACGAGAAAUAGCCCAGGACGAUUUCUUCCAACAUAAAAUCAUGCAGUUGAUAGCAUCCAACGAGUACACUUGGGCUUCAACUUUACUGGUUUCUGCUGGUCGAACGGCAGAAGCUGUCAAAUUACUCCUUCUAUGUGGUCGAGCGAAGGAAGCUCUGCUACUUUUCCGUCUUCGAUUAAGUUCUGAAGCCAAUCAAGAGUUACUGUCAAAAUGUCUCUCCCUUUUAUCAGAGAAACAAGCGCACACUGGUCUCCCUAACUCUGCUCUGGCUUUUCUUGCUGCUGGAGAAAUCGAUAAAGCAGUAUCCGCAGUCCGUGGCAACUCGGAUUCCAACCUCCCUGCCCUUGAUCGAAUGGUUGUCCUGUGGACAUCUCUUGUCAUGGUUCCAUCAAGCCCUGUUAUAUCAGUAAGACUCGUCCAGGCUUGUGUUGCUUACGCGGCUAAUCUCAGUAUUGAAGAUGAAAGAAGGAGGUUUAUAGAACAAUGGAGGGUUGCCCUUUCUUCAAAAGAGAAUUCAGAGUAUUUACUCACUUGUGCAAGCUUUCUUCUACUCUCUGAAUGGCGAGAAGCCAGUCUGAAUCUUUCUUUGCUUGGUGAAGGAAUUGACGAACUUGCUCGAGUCGUUUUUGACCGACAACCAAGCCUUGAAGAAGCAGAAUGUUUAGCAGGUGUUGUUCUAGACUUUGGAAUUGCAACACUGGAUGAAAAAUACACUCCCAACUUUGAAAGGUCCCUAGACAUCCUUAAGCACAAUCAUCCAGGUGCAUUUUUCGACCUCACCAAAAGGCUCAGUCUUCGAAAAUUAGAGCCCACAAUCCCUAGCACUUUUAUGAAUGAAAAUAAAACGGUGGUAAUAAAGGAGCAUCACAAAACCGUUUCUGGUCAUACUCUUAAACCGGUCUUUGUCUACUCAAGGGAGGAAUAUUUUAAUGCUCCUCCGUCUCAAAAAUCACAUCAGGUAUCUACUCUUAGUGUUCCACGGGAAUCUCCAAAUAUAGUUUCAAUGCCAAAGCAACUUCCCUCUUAUGUAAUGGCUGGCGAGCAUUCAGUACCAAAUGCCCAAUUAGUUCGACGACGUAUUGACUAUCAAGAAGUUGCAGAGUACCGAAUGCUUCAGCCUGCUUCUAGUAGUACUACCACGAUAAAGACUACUAAUAACAUAUCUGCCAAAACGCUUGGUAGCCAAGUUUUCGGCAAGCCGCUCUCUGUACGGAUUGAUGAAAGUCCAGCCAAGAUUGUUGAUGAAAAAGGAUCUAUAGCAAGCAGUACUUCAUCGACAGCUAGACGUAAGGGUCGGCCAGCCCCACCCACUGAUAGAGUUUUGCGAUCUGGGAAGAUUGGUGGUCUCUUUCGUGAGAGUGUCGACUAUGAAGUAGCUACUCCAUUCCCUUCCACUACUCGUGAGGAUGCUAUCAGACGUCGGGCGAAGGAAAUUGAGGAGGAAUCCACUAUUCAUUUGUCCACUACAGAACCAUUGAUGAAAAUGUCUAAUUCUCUUUUAUCAGAAGAAACUCUUGGGUUAAGUAAUUCUGCUCGUCGACCUUGGCAUCUCUCCAGUAUGAUAGGUCUUUCAGCAGAGCCUUCUUACAGAAGCCCAACUCUUCAUGCUAGUGAAUCCCAAGAUUACUAUCGACGGGCUUCAUCUAGAUCUACUUUUUCAUCAUUCCCCUCUGAAGCUUCGCGUCUUACAUCAUCACUUUGUCAUCGUAUUGGCUCCUGUUUACUUAACCUUAUUGCCAUUCCCUUGGUUUUGUUGCAUUAUCUAUACCUCGCCGUCUGCACCUUCAGCAAGGCAAUUUAUUCAGCCUCCUCUCGACUAUUCUACAACUUUUCUAGAUCCAAAAAUGUAUUCUCUUCCCAACCUAACCUAUCUUAUAGUGUUGAUAAUGCAACAUUUUCUUCAAAUCUUCGUGACCAUAGGUCCUCUGGAGAUUUUGUUUCGCCUCUUUUCAUUGACCAAUGUCCAAGCACUUGCUGUCUUCCUUUAGUUCUCUUGUUGCUUUUUUUGUUGAUAUCUAGCGCUCUAGGAGGAUUCAUUUACCGCCCCGUUUCUUCCAAUACUAAUAGUUCCUUAAGUGAACAAGCCUAUCUCUUUGGUCUUUUGCCCUCUGAUGCCGAAUGCGAUCGGCUUGCUCGAAGCUAUUCAGAUGGAUCUAUUGUAAAUUCUGUUGAUGCAACAAAUUCUAACAUACGGGAUUUGAGAUGGAAGUGUCUCUCAUUGGUCUAUAUUCGACCCAGUGUUAACGCCAUUCAUCGGCGCUCAUCGAAAUUUUUAACUUGGGUGGCUGAGUGGUUCCAGCCCCUUUUUGCUUUUUUCUCUCGCAUUCCAUCUACUUCUGAGGAGACACAUUUUCCUGAAUCAGCGCCACAGAAUAUCGACGAUCUGUUGAGGAGAUUGAAGAAAAUUGACGCUGGAAUGGCUGAUCUUAGAAGGCAUGUAGAGGAGUUGAAGGAAGCUCACAGCGCUAGACUAUCCACUCAAGAAAAAGAACAUGAUAAUUUAACCUUCGAUGUUUCCAAACUUCACUCAGUAGUAGAUUCUCUCAAUGAGCAGAUUUCUGCUCUUGCGGACAAGGUCUCGGACAAGGCAGAUGAUAUAAAUAGGCAGCGUCUCAUUGAUGAGUUGAGCAAACAGGCCGCGUUUGUUUCAACUGCUUCUUUGGAUAUUCGAUUGCAGGAGUUGAGGUCACAUCUCGAAGCUAUUGCAAAAUCUGCCUCAUCUACUGCUGGUACUUCUAUUGAUGAGAACACACUCCGAAAAGAAACUGCUCAAAUUGAGCGUUAUGAGAAGGCAAUCUCUGAGUUAACUUCCAUUGUGAACACUCAGAGGGCGGCUUUGGAGGAAAGGCUCACUAGUUUGAAAGAGGAACUAGAAUCCUCUAUAAAGAAUCAUGUUGCAUCUUUGGAGGAUAUCGACUCAAAGGUUGCCAAGGAGAUUACAUUCGCGGUUAAGGAAUCGCAAAGCAGCCUCGAUGGUGUGGACUCCCGUUUGUCCACAGAGAUACAGAAGAUAUCUUCUCGUAUUGAUUCUCUGGAACGUCUGAAUAGUGACUUGGAGCAGGCACUUAAAAAGCUAUCCUCAGGUGGGUUUUUUAUUAAAGGUCUUUAUGUCCUAGAACUCGCAUCUAAUCGUGAGACUGGAGUCUCGGAGGAAUCUGGCUUUUCUAAAUCACAAAUUGAGGAAAUUCUAAAUGAAAUAAAAUCUUCCUUCUACGAGAAGCUGACUCUGGACCUUAAACAGAAAAUCGCAGAAGAGAUAUCUCACUCUCUUGAGUCUGGAGCAGUUCUUGAGCGGAAAUUGCUAUCUCUUAUUCAUACUACAGUUGGCGAAAGACUAAAGAGUACAUUUAUAGAUAAGACACAAACAAAGCAAAUGGAAAGCAUUCCGGUUAAUGUGCUGGCAUAUAUUGAUGGUUUGUUGAAGAUGUUCAGUGCAGACGGAACUGGAAAAGCAGAUUUUGCGCUUGAAUCGGCAGGGGGUACUGUGGUUUCAACCCGUUGUACAAGAACAUACACUAGUUUCAAAUCUGCAAUAUCUCUAUUUGGCAUUACACUGGCUUACUGUGAAAUUCUGCAGCCUGGUAAUCAUCCUGGUGAAUGCUGGUGUUUCUAUGGCUCAGAAGGUCAAGCUAUCGUUCGUUUAGCAGCUUCUGUUCACGUAACCGGAAUCUCUCUGGAGCACAUUCCCAAGGCUCUAUCCCACACUGGUCGAAUUGAUUCUGCACCGCGAGAUUUCGUCAUAAAGGCCCUUAACUCGGAGUUUGAUGCUCCACAUGUGGGUGAAGUUAUCGGAGAAUUCACUUAUAAUGAAUCAGGUGAACCCAUUCAGUACUUUGCUGUCAAGGAUAGGAUCGACGGCAAACCGACACGAUUUGUGGAGAUGUCGGUGAAAAGUAACCAUGGCCAUCCUGAAUACACGUGUAUUUACCGUUUGAGAGUACAUGGACGAAUAGCUGAAGCGGAUGGGGAGUAA